AUGUUGAAAGUCGCAAAUACUUUACGAUUGGUAUCAAAAAAGGGGACCAAUGCCCGAGCCUUGGCUACAGCAGUUGGUUAUAAACAGGCCCUUGUUAAUGUCCCCCCAACUCAGUUAACAGUACUGGAUAAUGGAAUCCGCGUUGCGUCUGAAGAUUCUGGCGCCGCUACUGCGACCGUGGGGCUGUGGAUCGACGCUGGAUCAAGGUAUGAGACAUCCAAAAACAAUGGUGUCGCCCAUUUCUUAGAACACAUGGCUUUCAAAGGUACAAGUAAGAGGUCGCAGACAGAUUUAGAAUUACUUGUGGAAAACAUGGGUGCCCAUCUCAAUGCUUACACAUCAAGGGAGCAGACAGUAUUUUACGCAAAAUGUCUCGCUAACGACGUCCCCGUCGCUGUAGAAAUCCUUGCUGACAUCAUUCAAAACUCAUCACUCGCUGAACCCGAAAUCGAACGAGAACGAGGAGUCAUUCUUCGUGAAAUGCAAGACGUUGAAAGUAAUUUGCAGGAGGUUGUAUUUGAUCACUUACACGCCACAGCGUUCCAAGGUACUCCUUUGGGUCAAACCAUUUUAGGACCAACCAAAAAUAUCAAAAAGAUCUCUAAGUCUGAUCUUCAGCAAUACAUUAAAACACACUACCAACCGAGCAGAAUUGUUCUCUCAGGAGCAGGAGGAAUUGAACAUGGUAAACUUGUAGACCUCGCCCAAAAACAUCUUGGUGGUUUGAAGAACACUCCAAUUGAUGUCCCCGAACUAGCUCCUUGCCGUUAUACUGGUUCAGAAAUUAGGGUCCGUGAUGAUUCAAUGCCUUUGGCUCAUAUUGCCAUUGCUGUCGAGGGUGCCGGUUGGACAGAUCCUGAUAACAUUCCUUUGAUGGUUGCCAAUACACUUGUUGGGGCUUGGGACCGUUCUCAAGGUGGUGGCACCAACAACGCCUCAUAUCUGGCAAGAGCUGCAUCUGCCGGUAAUCUAUGCCACAGCUUCCAAUCAUUCAAUACUUGUUACAAGGACACUGGUCUCUGGGGCAUCUACUAUGUUGCCGAGCCCAUGCAGAUUGAGGAUAUGUUAUUCAAUAUUCAACAUGAAUGGAUGAAGCUAUGUACAUCUGUGACUGAAGGUGAAGUAGAAAGGGCAAAGAACAUCCUCAAGACAAACAUGUUGUUGCAACUCGAUGGAACAACCCCAGUAUGUGAAGAUAUUGGUCGCCAGAUCCUUUGCUACAACCGUCGCAUUCCCAUCCACGAACUCGAUGCCCGCAUCAAUGCUGUGACUGCUCAGAAUGUCCGCGAUGUCUGUUACAAGUUCAUCUACGACCGCUGCCCAGCCGUAGCCGCGGUUGGUCCCACCGAGGCCCUCUUAGAUUACACCAGAAUCCGCUCCGGAAUGUACUGGCUCAGGGCGUAA